CCGCGCUCCCCGGCAACAUGCGGGCCGCGGGCGGGACGCGGGGACCGGACCCCCCCGGGACCGGGGCCCCGCCCCCCGCCUGCCCCUGGGGCUGCGUGCCCGGCCCCGGCGGCUGGAGCGGCGCGCCGUUCUGUCCCCGGCACUGCCAGCCCGGCCCCGCUGAGACCGACCGCAGCCGGCGGCAGGUCCCGGUGCCGCCGCCGUCCGCCUCCUGCCAGGGGAACCGCAGCGCGAUGUGGGCAGUGCCCGGGGCCCCGGGCGCCCUCGGCCGCGUCCCGGGCACCUGGCACUGCCCCGGCCGGGUGCGGGAGUCCAGCGAGGAGGAGGAGGAGGAGGAGGAGGAGGAAGAGCGGGUCGCCCUCGGGCAGCCGUGGGAGGUUUCCAGCGAGGACAGCGGCCCCCCCUACAACUUCUGCGGGUUCAAGAAAUCCUUCCUGUGCACCGAGCUGCCCCCCGCCCGGCCCCCCGACAGCGCGCUCCAGGGGAAGCUGCAGCGGCUGCCCGCGCCCUGGGGGCACCCGCUGACGGCUGAGGAAGCCGAGCAGAACGCGCGGGAGCUGGUGGCAGAGGAGGAGCGGAUGAAGAGGAAGGCGGAGAAGAAGAAACUGAAGAGGAAGAAGCAAAAAGAGCGGAAAAAACGUGAGAAAUUAGGACAGGAGCUGACAAACAAGCAGGAGGCCGAGUCGAGCCCCUCGUCCCUGCGCAGCCCUGCGGGCGCUGGGCACCCCCAAAACAGCAAUGCUGAGGAGGGGGAGGGCUGGCCGGGCCCCAGCCGCUCUGCAGGACCCCGGGAUCCCUCGGGAGUGGAGGGAGGCGGCCGGGAGGCCAGGGUGGAGGAGAUGGAGUGAGGGCUCCUGGCGUGGGGGUGCCCCACGGCUGGGCCCAGGGGUGCCCCACGGCCAGGCCCGGGGCUCUGCCCGCCCUCGCCCACCCUCCCUCCCCCAGGACGAGCUGGACUUGAGCUGCACCUUCGUCUUCAAAGCCCGGCAGAAAGCGGGGGUGAGGCUGCCGGCCCCCGCCAAGGAGAAACCGGCCAGGACGGGCACUGCGGAGCCGAGCAAGAGGGCACCGGGGAAGGUCGCGGCAACGAAGCUGCCCAGAAGGGCCGCUACGCCGAGGCGGUGCAGGCUUUCACCGAGGCCGUGAAGCUGAACCCCAGGGAGCACCGGCUGUUUGGGAACCGCUCCUACUGCUACGAGAAGCUGCGGCGCUACGAGGAGGCUCUGCGGGACGCGCUGGUGUCGCUGGGGCUCCAGCCCGGCUGGCCCAAAGGCUUUUUCCGCAAGGGCAAGGCGCUGCGGGGGCUGGAGCGCUACGCCGAGGCCGCCAGCACCUUCGAGGAGCUGCUGCGCCUGGACGGCGCCGACGCCGACGCGGCCGCCCAGCUCGAGGCUUGCCGGGCUCUGCUGCGGCAGCGCAGCACCCACGGCCGGAGCAGCCCCGGGGGGGUCCCCAUGUCCCCGUCCCCGCUGGAGGCCGGGGAGCCACCGCUGCCUCCCCCCGGGGAGUGGGCGCGCGGGAGCUGCCAGGACGCUGCCACGGGCGGCUUUGUGACCGUCGGGAGCUCCCGCAGCCAGGCGCGAGGCCAGGGCCGGCCCGUGGCCAGUAGCCAGCAGACGCUGCCCCCAACCCAUCCCGCCAGGGACUGCUACCCCCUCUGGGUGGGGAACAUCACCCCCAGGAUCAGUGAGAAGGUGCUGCAGAGCUCCUUCGGCCGGUUUGGGGAGAUCCGCUUCAUCCGGCUGCUGCCGGAGCGGCGCUGCGCCUUCAUCAACUACACGCGGAAGAAGGCGGCGGAAGCGGCCUACGCGGCCAUGCAGGAUGCUGAGGUGGAGGGGAACAGACUGGUGCUGCAGCUCAAGCACCCCUCCCACGCCACCCCCUCCCACUGACAGCACCCCAAGCCCUGCAGUGAGGUGGGUGCCCUCCCUGGGGGGCUCCUGUAGCCGGGCAAGGGGGGGUCUCCUGAGCCAGACCCCCCCCAGCCUGCUCUGACCCCUCCCCAGGGCCUGGGACCUGAGUGGUGCCUCCGGGCUUUGCUGCCCAGGGAAGGGGGGGGGGUGUCUGACCUUAGAGACCUCCUGUGCUCCCUGCCAGGGACUGGGCAGGGGGCUGAGCCUGUGCGUCCUGUGUCCCCCCCCCACUGCCUCUGUUGGGGCCCCACGGGUGGGGGUCCCACCCAGUGCCUUCUGGGGGGGCUCUGCUGCUGCCCCCCCCGGGUGCGGAGCUCGCUGAUGGGGGGGGGGGGGUCCUGCCUGCGCUGGGUCCCCUGGGGCUGGAGCCCACCCGGGGGGGCCAGUGCUUGGAGGGGGGGGCACAGGCCUGUGCCCUGGCAUGGCCGCUCCCCUGGGCGCUGGCUGCGAUUUGUACCCAAUUUGGGGUUUGUAACCAAAUUUGGGGUUCUUAAUAAAACUGAGAGCCAGUG